AUGAAACCUACUCGUGAGCACAGUCGAACUUGCAGCAGCCGCCAGCUCAGUGUUCACGAUGUUGAGAAUGGCGAGAGCCGUCACUUCCUGCAGGAGCUCAAGGAUGUAGUGGCUGCCAACAAGGACCGUGUGUAUGCAUUUUGGUACGACAAUGAAGGGGAAGAGACCGAUAGAUACACGUGGGAUGAGUUAUGGCGAGAAGCUGGUGUAAUUGCCCAUCACCUUAGGGUGGAAUGGGAGGUGAAGAAGGGCGAUCACGUUGUCUUGUGCUACAACUUUGGGCUCCACUUCUUUGCUACUUUCCUUGGUUGCCUCCGAGCGGGUGUAGUUGCCGUGCUCGUUUACCCACCAACCCCACCUCUCAUCAAAUCGUUAGCCAAGAUGAACGCAGUGGUCAAGGAUUGCGCUGCCAAGCUCAUCCUAUGCGAUUCUGAUAUCCUCUUCUACAAGCGCGUUCCAAACACCGACUUUCUUGACGAAGAUUUGGACAAUGACGCAGUAGCAUUCUUGCAGUAUACCAGUGGAAGCACUGGAGAACCAAAGGGCGUCAUGAUCACUUUUGCUGCCUUGCAGGCGGACGUUGAGCUUAUCAUAGUUGGGUUCAACAAAGGCAUGGCCCAGAAUGGAUUCGUUCCACCAGAGGAAAGAUCAGGCUUCAGUUGGCUGCCCCAGUACCACGACUUGGGUCUCAUUUACUGUGGUAUUGCUCAGUUUGCAGCAGGCUGGCAAAUGCACUGCAUGUCACCAAUCACAUUUGUCAGGAAGCCAACUUUGUGGAUGGAGCUCAUGUCAAAGCACAAAGUUAAAUGGAGCUCGGCUCCAAACUUCGCCUACAAGCUCACUGCUCGAAAGUGGCAAGAGAAAGUGGCCAAACAGGGGAGCAACGUACCAGCGCUCGACCUCUCUUGCAUCCAUCAUAUGUCCAAUGUUGCAGAACCCAUACAUUUGGAUACGAAGCAACAGUUCGAGAAGGCCUUCUCAGGUUAUGGCUUGCCCAAAACUUGGUUCAUGGCAGCAUACGGGUUGGCUGAACACUGUGUCGCCGCCUGUUAUAUCACAGACUAUCAGUUGUCGUCCACAACGAACGACCGGCCAAAUCAGUUUGUCGCAUGUGGGAUCCGAGAGUCAUUUGCUCCGGGAUUAGUUAUCAAAAUGGUAGAUCCAAACACCAAGGUGGAAGUGCCAGAUGGUACUAUUGGUGAGCUUUGGAUUAAUAGCAAGUGUGUCGCCGCAGGCUACUUCAGUCAGCCAGAGAAAUCAGCUGCAGUCUUCAGGGCAGUGCUUGCUUCCGACGAAGGCAACGCAUCCCCCACAACAUAUCUGCGCACUGGAGAUCUUGCGUUUUACGAGGACGAUAAGGUUUUUAUCUGCGGGCGAAUGAAGGAUUUGAUAAUAGUAAGGGGGGCUAACGUAUACCCUCAGGACCUCGAACAGGCUUCCCAGGAAUCCUGCAAAUCCGUUCGCCCUGGGUGCGUUGCCGCAUUUUCCUCCGAUGACGUUACAAACGAUGGAGAAGUGGAAGUUGUAUUCGAGAUCCGAAAGUGCUUUGAGUCCGAAGCGGAGAAGGCAACGGAGGAAGUCUACGAUGGAAUCUUCCAAGUUUCCGGUGUUCGAGCAUCGCGAAUUGUUGCCAUCGAAGAGCGAAGCAUCUCGAAGACCACUUCAGGAAAGGUCAGAAGGAGAGAAAACAGGCGCAGGCUUCACGAAGGAGAGCUGGACAUUGUGUUUGAGCGCAGGGCAAAGGAAGAAGAGGAGCCCCGUAUCGGUAACGGGGCCAAGAUCUGCGACCUUCCGAAAGGUCGUGGCGACACAGAGCGCAUGGAGGACUUGUCGGAGUUUGUUGAUUGCAUGCCGUCGGAGCUUGAAGAGAUCGAUGAGCUUGGGCAAGUCCUCCGUGAGUUCUUUGGUCAGUCGUUUCGCUGGGAAGCCGGUUGGGAGGAUAUGGGCCUGUCCUCGAUGAGUGCGCUCGAGCUACAGGAAUCUAUCUCUGCUGCCUUGUCAACAAACCUUCCUGAGGACUGUUUUCAUCGACAUCCGACGCCCAAUGAUCUCCGGGCUUAUCUCCAAGAAAACCAAGAUCAAGGCAUUCCGAUUGAGCUCCCAAAGCUUCCAAAGGAUAGCGCUUCGAUGUGCUGGGAGCUGAUGGCUCUCAUUCAGCUGCUGGGGGCAGCACUUGUGCUCCUCAUGUUUGCCGUCUCCGCUGUACCCGCAUACCUGUAUGUCUUGAUUGGCAAAUACCAGGCACGCCAAGUCAACAUUCCUUCCCGCUCGUACAUUUGCUUUUGGAUGGUUGACCGUCUGAUCCAUUUCUGGGAGUUUUUUGUUGGCUUCUUCAUCAUCGAUACGCCCAUUCUUCGACAGUACUAUUCUUGGCUUGGAGCCCAAAUCCAUCCAUCCGCGCAGCUCAAGGCAUUCGCGAGAGAAUUCGAUUUGGUGAAGAUCGAAGAAGACUGUGUACUCGAGCAAAACCUCCGAUGUCGUCUGUUUUCCACGCGAUCACAAGGGUGUACCAAAGGAGAGUUUUCACUUCGCUUUCGCCCGAUCUGCAGCGAAAAAGGGGCAGUGAUUCGAGGAGCUCUGCUUCCAGGAACAAAGACUCUUUGGCUCGUGUUUGAGCUUUACGCCCACUUGGGUUUCUUUCUGGGCGCCGAGGCAGUGCUCGAAGCCAUGGCUCUGCCGACUUGGCGCUAUUCCCCGCUUGUCUCCUUCCUUCUCCUGCUUUUCAUUGUCCAGAUCCUCUCGUUGGCUGCGAGUAUCCUGCUCAAGUGGCUCCUGAUCCGCAAGAGGCACCCAGGGUCCGCUGAAAGGUGCAAGCUGCAACUCUUCGCCGACUGGGCCGCCGACUACCAUUUCCGCUUGAGCACCUUCUUGCUAUUUUCAAUCUCCAGCAACUCGAAAAUGUGGAACUUGGUGCUCAUGCUCUACGGCAUGGACGUCGACUUCCAGUCCAAGAUUCUUGUCAUCAGCUUUCCACCAUCGUUGGUUGAUCUUGUCAAGGUCAAGCGAUCUGUCGUUUCCAAGGUGGCGUUUGAAGCAGAAUCGGAUAACCUUUUCCUUCAAACUGUGAUUGAAGAUAGCUCCAUUGGGUACAAUACCGUGGUGGGGCCCGGUGUCAAAUGCCGCAAUGCCAUCAUCCCUCCGGCUCGAUAUAUCACCGAGAAUGUCACCAAGAAUGAAAACGCCAAGGAUGUCCCGCUGGUAGAGGAUCUUGUUCGGUCUCUGCAGGUUGACAUCCUCUACAUUCUUUUGUGGGCACUAUUGACGAUUGGCAUGUUUCCAACGUAUGAGUUGGUCACCAACGUUUCCCCGGGCUUGGCGUACACUCCUCUGCUGUUCCUGGCCGCCUGCGCUCUGUUUUUGGUUUCAUCCCUGGCAGUGCUAAAGGUGAUCCAGCUUGCAACCUACGGCAUGUCAAACCAGCGACGGGAACCAUGGAGUGUGCCUUUGUAUGCUGUCUACGUAACCGCCAAUUGGGCUCUGCAAACCUGGUCAGUUCUUCCCGUUCUGUGGGGCACACCGUGGUUCAACAUCUGUUGGCGAUUCUUGGGAGCCAGGUUUCAAGGGGAGGGGCACGUCCUCUACAUGGGAGAAGAGUUUUAUGAUGCCCCUUAUCUCACAUUUCGGAAGAACACGAUCCUGGAUGGAUCUCAUGUUUCUGGACACUACGUGGUUUAUAACUGCGUCACCCUGGGUAACUGCGAAGCCACCGGAGUGAUCAGCCCAUUUUCCUACAUGGCAGCCGCGUCCAGCGCCGGCCUCAAGGAAACAGGCGAAACCAGGCAUUUCUUUGUUCGAGUGGGUGCCACCAGUCGCCCCGGUUCAGAAGGUGCUACCGACAGAUUGCCUCCAGUAUGA